AAUAUUCUCCAGCUUGAUACUUAUUUGGACUGCUGUCUAAUGCUUGCAGGUGAUUAACUUAAGAGGAGCUGAAUAGAUGUGAUGAGCCGUGCUAUGCUGGUGUACCCAUGUCUUCUAUUAUCGAACAAGGUUUUGGUGUGGGUGAUGUUAUCUGUCUUUUGUGGUUCAAACGCAGCCUUCCUCGCUAUUGCACUCAAUUUAUUGAGAUAUACAUCAUUCUAUGUGCCGACCAUGGUCCUUGUGUUUCUGGUGCUCACAAUGCCAUAGUGACAACAAGGGCUGGGAAGGGCCUUGUCUCUUGUCUUGUAUCAGGUUACUUACAAUCGGUCCACGAUUUGGGGGUGCUGUUGAUGAUGCUGCUCGCUACUUCAAGGAUGCUUGUGACAGGUACUGUCAGGGUGUUGCUGAGGGCUGGUAAGCUAGAAAAGACUUUGGUCCAAAUGAUGGUUGAAGGUUCCCUCGAGGGAGAAGAAAAGGCAAAAACAAUAGUAAAAGAGAUAAUGCUUUAUGAAGUUGAUAAAAUCAUAUGGAACCUAUUGACAAAAUGGAUACAUGAAUCGUUGCACAAGGGCAAAGAGGCUUUGCAAAAUGGAAAGGAAGCAGAGACAUGGAAUCCAAAGUCCAAAGCAAAGCCGAUUGCACAAUCUGCUGUAGAGCUAGUGAAAUUGGCCAAGACUAUUAUGGAGCAAUUUUUCCAGAAUCCAAUUGGAAUUACUGAAGAUAUUGUUCAAGAACUUGUCAAUGGACUAGAAAAUCUCUUCCAAGACUAUAUAAUGUUUGUUUCAGCAUGUGGUACAAAACAAAGCUAUGUUCCCGUGAUUCCUUCACUGACAAGAUGCAACCGAAAUUCAAAGUUCAGUAUGUUCUUGAAGAAAGGAUGUCAAUGCGGUGGUGGUGGUUCAUUGAAGGCAGAUCACAUAAGUAAUGCAACAAAAGAAGGUCAUAAUCCUAGGCCAUCGAGUAGUCGUGGCACACAAUGCCUCUACAUUCGUCUCAACACCUUAUUCUAUCUCCUGACCCAUAUCAACUCCCUUGAAAAAACACUCUCUCAAAACCUUGUUGUACUUCCUUCAACUCGCCAUCCUUAUGGAAACUUUCACAGGAGUUACAACAAUGGUUCUUAUUUUGAAAAAGUACUUUCCUCCCUUCCAACAACAUGCCAAUACAUGGCAGAAGUGGCUGCCUACCAUCUCAUAUUCCUUGACUCCGACUCAAUUUUCUAUGAGAGCCUCUAUGUUGGCGAUACAGCCAAUGCUAGAAUUAGGCAUGCAUUGAGAACCUUGAAGCAAAAUAUCACACUGAUGACCACGCUUCUAACAGAUAAAGCUCAAUUAUUAGCAUUGAAAGAAGUCAUGAAGGCAUCAUUCGAAGCAUUCCUAAGGGCAGUUCCUAAAUUAGAUUACCACAUUGUGAGCAAGGAUUUUGAGAGCUUGAAUCGUAUUUUCUGCUUGUGUCGAGAAGGACUAAUAGCAGAAAGUGUGAUGGACAUAGAGGCUGCAAUAGUUGAAGCAACCAGGACAACCACAGAGUUCUCAAAUGCAAGAUGAUUCUGAUGAUCUUGGGUUGGGUAGGUUAUUUACUUUAAUUUGAAUAUUUUGUAUUAUUGAUGGAUUGCAAUUUAAACAAAUAUAAGUCUAAGUUUAGUUAUUUAUCUUGUCUUGAGUUUUUAGGUUAGAA